CCAAUGCGGAGGCGGAGUCAGAUGAUAAAUGUGAAGCCAGUUAAAGGGAAGCGGUUACUGUAGCAAGGUUCUCCUUCCGCUGUUUGUAUUCUGCAGAGAGCAGUCUGAUAUCGCUGGGAGGAAAAUGUACGGGCUGUGGAAAGAGACUCUGGCUCUUGCAGAGGACUACCUGUCCCUGUGCUGCACAAGCCCACGGCCAGCCCCGCCACCUCCCAGCGAGUCAGCCGCUGCCAUGAGAUUACUGGCCCACGACAUGGAAACGCAGCACCAGGCUCGCUUCCACACCCUCGCUCAGACCUUCCUGAAGCACUGUGGGCCGGACCCCUGCCCCAGCCUCAGGAAGGUGAUGGAGGAGUUGGUGGGUGAUGGACACUUGAACUGGGGAAGGGUUGUUUCCCUUUUCACCUUUACUGGGGUGCUGGCCAGACAGCUGAUGGAGCAAAAGGACAUGAAGCCGGGGCUGGACUCUGGACAGGGGCAGGACCUGGGACAGGAUCCCGGAAACUGCAGGGCACUGGCAGAGACCAUAGCUGAUUACCUUGGAGAGGAGAAGAAAGACUGGCUCCUGGAGAAUGACGGAUGGGAGGGGUUCUGUAAAUUCUCCCUCAGUGCCAGAGAGGGAAGUCAGGACUCGUCCAUGAAGACAGCACUGUUUGCUGCUGCUGGUGUGGGCCUCGCUGGACUCACCUUCCUCCUGGUGCGCUAGCUAGCCCUCGACAUCCUAAACACAUUCUCUCCAAAGUUCUCAUUCCAUGUGGCACAAUUAAGUAGACAUUUGAAUUCUAACAUCAGUGCUGCAAA